UUUCGGGUGCGUUGGCCAUCACUGCCAUCCCUGAGCGGCACCGGAACCGCAACUUCACGUCCGUUAGACUGGAAUGAAGAAUUUGAUGGUGAUGAGCUGGAUGAUAAUAACUGGCUAAUUAUAAAUAAUAAAAGUAGAGAUCUAUUUAAGUAUCAAAUCAGUUACAAUACGGAUGAUCCUAAAAAUAUACGCCUAGUUUCGGGUGCGUUGGCCAUCACUGCCAUCCCUGAGCGGCACCGGAACCGCAACUUCACGUCCGCCACGAUUCUGAGCAAUAAGUUCUUCAGUUAUGGCAGAAUCGACACCAGAAUCGCUAUACCCGGAGGACAGGCCCUAAAGUCGGCCAUAUUUUUGUUACCAUAUGAUGAUAGUAUACUGGUCAACCCUAGCAUAGAUUUCAUUUCGACCGUUAAUUUUGAGAAUCUAAUAUACUCGAGCGUACUUGUCAAUGGUAGCUACUCGCCAAUGUGGUAUUUACCCAAGACUAAACUCGACACGUUCAACACAUUCACAAUUGACUAUCAGCGCAUUGGGCUUAUUGUGGACGAGACUCUGAGUGGGGGUCACCGGGAGACCAUAGACAUGAAGGCUAGGGAGUGGAGUCCAGAAAACAUCCAAAUACAAAAUGGAAAUCUGUUUCUUAUAGCUGUCCGCCGGCACUUGUACUCCAAGAACUACACCACCGCUCAGAUCACAUCUAAAUACCUGUUCACUUACGGAAAGUUUGAGAUAAAGGCUUCAUUACCCCGUGGCUGCCCACUUAUGUCGCACAUACUUCUUAUCAGUAACAAUGGCUUUAUUAAUAUUAUGGGUGAUAUGCAGACUGGUUAUAGUAAACAUGGA